AUUUGUGUUCUGCCCGCUGUCAAGAUAGAAGCUAAGGAGCUAGCUUAGCCACUUACACGAUAAUCUGCCAAACAAACUCACUGCCUUAUCACGUUUUAUCGUUUUAUCGCUGUCUGCUCAACUGUGUUUACGUAUUACACCUUUCACAAAGGUUCGGGCGUGGAUUCUUUCCGUUUGAUUUGCUGGAAUAAGAUGGUCGUUUUGACGAAUAACAAUGAAGAGCAGGAUUAUAUCCUGAUAGAGGAGCGCAAGUGCACCUCCCUGCCCAGCUCACCCGCCAAGCGAGUGUCGCCCGCCAAAAAGAAGCAGUUCUAUAUCAACCAAGCCAUCCGAAACUCUGACCUCACUCCUCGCGCCAAAGGCAAGAAGAGCCUCCGCCGCCUGGAGAACACUCGCUUUCUUGCUAAUCUACUUGAGAGGGAGGAGUGCUCCAAAGAUGACCUUGAAGUUUGCAGUAACCCAGCAAUCCCGUCCAUCUUCACUGAAGCCUGCACCAACGGACACUACAUAGAGCCAUGGAAUGACUUCAUGAAUUGCUCCGGUGAGGAGCAGGAAAGGCUGUUGUCUCUGCUGGAGCAGGAGGGAGCCCAGAAGAAAACAACCACCAAGCUCCUCAAAGACCAGAGGAAUGUAAAUCUUGCCUUUACCGCUCAGGAUUGCUUUCAGAGGAUCGAUCGCAGGCUACGAACAACUCUGAGACGGAAACAAAUCCCUAUAGGAACUGUGGAAGUACUUGAAGAAAACCUUCUGAGCUUCUUCAACGCUCAACCUCACUCAGUUUACACAACCAACCUCGGCAGCAGCUUUGAGAGGCUGCUGCUUCAUGCCGUCUGCCAGUACAUGGACCUCGUCUCUGCAAGCACCGAUUACAACGGCUCGCGUCAGACUGAAGUGGUGAACAAACAAGAAGAGUUUCUUCCUCCCGGACGUUUGCUGUCUGCCCACCUUGAGCAGAUGAGCUGAGACAGUCCUCGUUUCCCUGUUUUCUUCACAGCUCUGCUGCAGGCGGGAGAGGCAGGAGAGAUGUAGAUAACGUGCGCAGUCUGGAUGUAAACGUCUGUGUAAUGUCUACAAAGCUCAGAGGUCAAAGCUGAAAACGCCUGCUUUUCUUUUCUCUGGUCAGUCCCUGGUUUCUGCCGUUAAUUUCCAAAACAUUGUAUCCAGAACAAAUCACAGUUCAUAACAUGUUAGAAGGGGUUUACAUAAAAAAUAGGAACUUAGAAGCUCGCUAUCAGUAGGUAUAUAAGUAUGCUGCUGUUUGUUGUCAUCUAUAUUUAAAGACAUGGCGUUGUCUCACAUGAGCCUGAACAAAGCUACCCGACAGAAACCCAUUUUGGUCUUAAACACGUUACAUUUUCUGCCCCACUCUUGAGAUCAAUAUAGUUGUCAAGCUGUUAUUUAUCCAUCACACAGUUACAUUUUUCUAGCUCAUCAAAUGAAAUCCUAUGAUUAAUAUGAGAACAGCUUUAAAGAACUCUUUGGAUUAAUGACUGAAAACGAGAUCUUUGUGUAAUCCGAUGAGUUCUUUUCUCAUGUGGACUUGACAAAAAUCAGUUCAAGCAGAGGUUCAAAAGUUCAAAGGCGAUAUGACUCAGUCAAGCUAUGAAGUUGAACUAUUAGAGCUGAAAAUCCUUAAAGCCAAAGUUGCUUCAGGUUGUCUCUUUUCAGAGUGCUUAUGAUUGCAUUUGGAGAAAAUAUUUAUGUUCAGUCAAUUAAGAUUCUCUCACUUCAUCACAUCCCUCUUACACUUUCACUAACUGAUUAAUAUGUUUGACCUCUCACUCUUAAUGUCACCACUGGUUGGUGAGAACUCGGUUAUCGCUGUCAAUUUGAUCAAUUCACCAAAGCACAAAGUCAUCACAGUUAUGAAGUAAUAGGAACUUUAAACACAUAUUGUAAAAUGAACGUGUAACCCAUCCUUGUUGUAUAAAGCACUUUGUGAAACAGAGAACUCAAUGUAAUGCAUCUCAGCCUGAAUGAUUAGCCUGUAGGAUUAGUGCGAGGUAAUGAAGCAUGAAUAUGAAUAAUCUCUCUCAUCACUCAUCAUCUUAGGUACGCACAUGUCUAGCAACAAGGAUGUGAAAUAACUCUUUGUUAUAUACUCGGGACAUGAAGAUCUUCCUUGAUAAUUUUCUCUGUAUCAUUUAAAAGAAAAAACCUCAUACUCUCUCUUUAGCUAUAAUUUCCACAUAAUCAACUUUUGUUUGUCUUUCUCUUCGAGCAUUGUGAAGCCUUGUUUUCUUCACCAGAUGUGUUUCAGCAAAAAAAAUUGAAGCCAUAGGCCGAAGGAUGUUUUUACAUUUUCCACCACCAAACUAUCCAUGUAUAGAUGCAGAAUUUACUGAGAACAAACCAUAUACAGGCCUCAAGUCUGUAAGUCUCUAACUACAAAACAUAACAGAUGAUUGCAGUCUGCUUUCACUGCACAUGUGUAGAGAAAGUGUAAACGUUACUUCAGUCAUGGUCUCUAACAAUGUAAGGAACUCGACGUCAGUUAAAAACUGUACGUUCAGAUUGAUUCAUGGAUUUCUUGUAAUACGCACAAUGCUAACUCUGUUUACACACAGCUCCUGUCAUGUCAAAGCCUUGUUUUCAUACGUACAGGUGAUAUGGGGAAGAGUUAUACUUUGUGCAGUAGAUGUGUUACAUCGGUGGAAAAAUGGUCUCUUAAAAUGUGUUUUGAUGGUUAAAAAAACCUGCAGAGUUUAAACUUUCAGGUCUGUUUAAUUUCAAUAUUUACAUUUGAAACUCAAGAAAAGCACUUCUGCCUUAUCAACACAGAUUUCUAUGUUUUUCUCUGUACAUUUAUUUCUACAUUUGCACUCGACCGGAUUUUUGAAACAGGUUAUUUAAAAAAAAAAAAACAAUAUUCUUUUUUUUUUUUUUUUUAACUGUCGUUGGCAGUGUAACAAAAAGUGACCUGUUGGUGCAUUUUGUCAAACAACCAAAGUUUGUGUGUUUGUUGCAUUUAAAUCUUAUUUCUCAGGCUCUCAAAGGUCUCACUCUGAAUGUCAUGUAGUGAUCUCACGUGGUGUCAUUUAAGAAAUACUGUAUCUGCUAGAAAGAUGGUCAGGAUCAUGAUCAACCCCGGCGCCUUGGGGUGCUGCCAACUUUUGAGAUUCAUGUAGAAGUAGUUGAACUAGUGGUGCUGUAAAUGUAGAACUCAGAUAAUUGACUCGUGCCAACAUUUGAAGAGCCUCUAAUAGUCUGAAAGCUUUAUACUCUGACACAUCUGUGUGUGUAUAUAAAGAUAUGUGUGUGUGUGCUUCAGUACCUAUUUAUAAUUAUUACUGCAUCUAUUAAACAAUUGAAGAUA